AUGAAAAGAUCGCAUGAGAUUCUCAUGCUCAAGUUGCUCCACCGGCUCAUGCAGACUGUAGGUGUGAAGGAAACUCACUUCGAAUGGUCUACAGCGUUAGGCAAAAGCAACACUGACGACUUGCAAACACCCGAAUUUAUUCUGCUAAUAGUUGAACUUCUCAUGGAGUACGAGCCAAAACAUCCACAAGCAGCGGACGUCUGCCACUCUCUCCUGAAAACGCUGGGUGAAAAGCUUGAG